CUCUCUCUUUCUCUCUCUGUAUCUAUCUUCUCUCAGCUGUUCUGUGUGUGUGUGUCUGUGUGUUCUUUUUUUUAAAAAAGCUUCUCUUUCUGGAGUUGAGUUUUUGUUUUGGAAGGAGACGCAAGUCGGGAGGGGAGAGUGGCGAGGGGGCAAGUGGAACCGGGGCUGAGCUCUGUUUAUCAAAGGCAUCCCAAACGCAGACCUGGCUUCCCACAUGCCGAUCGAAUUUGUUUGCAAAAUCAAAUUUGCCGAGGAGGAUGAGCAGAAAAAAAGCAAGCAGGACGGGGACAAGGAGAGCCUGAUCGAGGAGAGCUGCGCGCCUCCGGUGAAGGACCUGGCUGGCUUCGCCAACUCGUGCUCGCUCCAUGGAAUUAACCACAUCUUCGUGUCGGGCCGGCUGGGCGUGCGGCAGACUCUCUGGGCGCUGGCCUUUCUGGUGUCGCUGGCGCUCUUCCUGUACCAGGCGGCCAAGUGUGCCAUCUCCUACCUGGAGCACCCGCACGUGACGGCGCUCAACGAGGAGGCCUCCCCGGAGAUGGUGUUCCCCGCCGUGACCAUCUGCAACAUCAACCGUUUCCGCUUCUCCGCGCUCACCGACGGCGACAUCUACCACCUGGCCAACCUGACCGGGCUCCCACCGAAAAACAAGGACGGGCACAAGGCCACCGAUUUGGAGUACCCUGCGCCGGACAUGCAGGACAUCUUCAACCGCACCGGGCACCAGCUGGAGGAGAUGCUGAAGAGCUGCAACUUCAGCGGGCAGAACUGCUCUGCGGACGACUUCACCGUGGUAUAUACAAGAUAUGGGAAGUGCUACACUUUUAAUGGCAACAAGUCAACAUCCCGCAAGAGCAAGCAGGGAGGCAUGGGUAAUGGUCUGGAGAUCAUGCUGGAUAUCCAACAGGAUGAGUACCUGCCAAUUUGGAAAGAAACAAACGAGACGUCGUUAGAGGCGGGGAUCCGCGUGCAGAUCCACAGCCAGGACGAGCCUCCCUACAUCCACCAGCUGGGCUUUGGCGUCUCCCCGGGAUUCCAGACCUUUGUUUCAUGUCAGGAACAAAGGCUGACCUACCUGCCUCAGCCGUGGGGGAACUGCCGCUCCACCAUGGACCAGAUGAUCCCGGGCUACGACACGUACAGCAUCAGCGCCUGCCUCCUGCGCUGCGAGAGCAUGGCCGUCAUCAAGGAGUGCAACUGCCGGAUGGUCCACAUGCCAGGAACUGCCGAUAUCUGCACUCCCAACAGCGUCAAGUGUGUUGACAAAGCACUCGCCCUCCUGCAAAAGAGCUCAGGGGACAUCUGCCCCUGCGAGACCCCCUGCAACCUGACGCGCUACGGCAAGGAGCUGUCCAUGGUCAAGAUCCCCAGCAGGGGCUCCGCUCGCUACCUGUCCAGGAAAUUCGACAAGACGGAGGAGUACAUCAGAGACAACUUUCUUGUGCUGGAUAUAUUCUUUGAAGCUCUGAACUAUGAAACAAUAGAGCAGAAGAAGGCAUAUGAUGUUGCUGGUCUUUUAGGUGACAUUGGUGGGCAGAUGGGCCUGUUCAUUGGCGCCAGUAUCCUCACAGUCUUAGAGAUACUGGACUACAUUUAUGAGGUGACGAAGCACAGACUGCAGAGGCUGGUGAAGCCCCCAAAGGAGGAGAAGAAGACAGCGACGACGCAGAAGCCGAGCACAGUGGCCACAGUGGGGCUGGAGGAGACUAAACCUAAGGAGAGCACUGAAAUGAGCAGACGGCAUCCGGAGGGGGCAUACGCCAACACAAUGCUCCCCAACCACCACCAUCAUCACACACACCACGGAGUGUUCGAGGACUUUGCCUGUUAGGAGAGCACCCUGCAGUUUCAACCCUGAUGACAACAAAAGAUGGUCUGGUUCGGUGCUGGAUUCGGGGCAUAAUAAAAAAAGAGACCCUCAAGUCUCCGUUCUACCUUUUUCUUGCUGUCGUCAGUGAAAGCUACAGCCAAAGUCGAACCUCAAGCCCUGUUUUGCAAAACAGGGCAGACGCAAACUGAACACCACAAAGUGGUCCUGCUGGAGACUCGUGUGUUUUUUUUUCGUUUUUUCCCCCCUCCCUUCUCGUCUGGAAGUCAAUCUUUGGCUACUCGCCAUUUUCUAUACUGAUUCUUUUGGUACAUCGUCAUCGUGUGGAGACGACACGACGACUGCAUGUCAUCUAGAUCCAGUUUAUACUCCGACCAGUUGCCUGUUUCAACUAUCAUGUCAUGUCUGACUGCGAAUGAGCAGUCCAUACUCAUGGAGUUGUCAUGCCGUGCAUUACCUCAUAACCAAACAUAGGCCAUAGAUUUGAAUGAUUUCUCAUUUGUAUAAAGAAUGAAGGGGGCUACUGUGGAAUUCAAACGUAAUGCCUGCUGACCAGAAUGUCCCGGUACAGUUUUAGUAGCAGGAGAGGCCGUGCUGUAGACACGACAGCAGUUCUGUCUCAAACUAGAGCUAGAUGUUGGUCCAGCCUAGAUACAUAUGUAAAUGUUCUAUUUACCUUAUUUUGAAUGGUUGACCAUUCACAACAUUUGAACUAUAAUAAAUGUCUCAAGAAGUUUUGUAAUGUUAUUUAUAUAGAGUGAUAUGGCAAGAAAUGUAUUUCACCAACAGUGUGAUCUACAUCUUAUAAACGUGUUGUGAGUUUCAUAUUUUUUUUCUGAAUCACUUUCUUUGAUCUGGGGAAAUGUACUAGAGCAGUUGUGUCAUUAAUGAUUUAUGAUUACUAUCAGCAUCUACACCCUGACUCCAUGAAAGCUGUUUGAACAAGACAGUCAUGGCAGCAAUAUAUAGAGAGAGACAGCAGAGAGAAACGGUGGCCUCUGAUUGGUAGUCACAGCAUCACUGACCCUCACAGCUUGAAGCCAAAGACUAGCUUUCGAUGUGAGGAGUUAUGCCUAUAGAGGCCAUACAUAGCCUGUAUAGUUUGAUUAAUUAUUAAACUAUAAAAAUCCACAAUUCCCAUCAGUGCCAAAUUAGUAACAACCAGUCAUGGCCAGUUCAAGAUUGCAGGUGUAUCAUAACUCUAAAAGACCCAUUUUCUCUCUCUCUGGUAGAGGCUCUUUUCCCCUCUACUGUCAGGAAUAACCUGUGCAUCUUCAAAUGGCUCUUCAAAGAACCAAAUUCCUUUAUUUUUGCCAAGGCUGCAUGUGUUUGUCACUGGGGAAUGGGUUCUCUGCUAGGGAGAAGUGGAAAAACACUGAAGUGAAAAUCAAUUUUUUUUUCUCUCUCUUGAAGUGUGAUAAGACAUGCUAUACCCUGAGUCUAAUAACCAGCAUAUGACAAAUUUAGCUGUAGGGCAGAAGAAAUGCAUUAACAGGAGAGGCAUGCUAUUGUGAUAUGGAGACAGAUGUGCAAAGAGAGGAUAUAUACCAGCAUGGUUUUAUUGUGUAGAAACAGGAAUGACCUGAGCAGUUGAGAUCACUGAUAACUAACAAACACAGCCAUUUUGAUAAUUAUAAGAGGGCGAGAGAGAGAGAGAAAGAAAAUCAGCACUUAUCAUUCCACCGUUGGGGAUUGGCCUUGAGCAGAAUAGAAAUGAAGUGAAACUCUUACAGCUACUUGUAUUCUCAGCUGCAGUCCAUAAUUCUUUACUGCUGCCAAUUAAAAGCCCACUCAUGGAAAGAACAGUACACUUGAAUACACUUUGAUGACAAUCCACUGUGGUUCUCAGACCUCCGCUAUUGGAUUGGGGCCUUAAAGGAUUACAUCUUUUUGUGGCACUCCAAUCGCCAAUACAAAGCUACAUAUUUUGUGUGUGUGUGUGUAUGUUCCUUUUGUGUUACAAAUGUUGUUAUGACGCUUUGUAGCCCUUCGAGCUCCAUGUUCCAUGUACCACGUCAGAGGCACAUAAAACACAUUAUACCUCCAUGGCAACCAAUCAGAGGCAAGGCAUGGUUUUUUAAUAUUCAUAAAAAAUGUAUCGCAAUGACAUUUUCAAAGGUUCCCAAUCACAGUCUUGAUGGCAUCCUGUACAGCCUCUGCAUAAUAACAUUCUCUGCUGUCAUAAAUAACGUGCCGUGCACCAAUAAAGAUGGGGGAAGCGGCCAUACCUGAGUCAAUCGUGGGAGACAUGAGCAAAUCAUCAGGACUUCAGCUGGUGCAGAUGAGAGGCUGGUCUACUGGUGUGCUCCUGACUGCCCAGGGUGGCCAAAGAGUGCUUUUAAUGGACACAAGUUAGUUUAUAUGGGCACUUUGUCUUCUGGUUUAGUAAGCAAGCAGAACUGGAGGGCCAGAUACAUUAUUACCUGUGCUUGUGAACCAGGCAUUUUGUCUGCUGGGUGUGUUUUUUUUUUUCAUGAAUCUGUAACGUUAAAUAUUAUAAGCUGGUAUUGUUUUUCUUUCUUUUUUUUGUCUUGGAAAUGCAGACAGCAUUGAGUAUUUCUUAAUUUUGACCCCUCAAAGGUAACACCUUUGGAGUACUUUUAAACAGUCUCAAGACGAAAACAAAUCCUCCUGCGUUUUAAAUUUGAAUUCUCGCACACAGUUAUUCUGAAGCCUCUUGGUAUGCAGAUCCUUGUGCAGAUUGUAAAUUCAUGCAAUUCCAGCUCCCCGUUAUGUCCUUCAGUGUAUUGCUUAUUUAUCUCAAUUUCUGAACUGAAUGUUUCAUGUAUAACAGCAAGAGGGGGUCAUUAAGUGCGAUACCAGUGCAGCAUGCGGCGUUACCGGACUGUCAAGCUUUGAAAAUGAAAAAGAAUCUGAGUAAUUACAUCAUACGGUUGUAUGACACAAAAGCUAAUGGACCUUUCAUCAAAUUAACAGGGAGUGCUGAAUACAGUUUGUAUAGAAGUCUGCUGUUGUGACCGUGCUUUCUGUUUAGAACACAUUUUAUAAAUGUAACGAUGGUAUACAACAGUAUAAGAUAUUAAACUUUAGAUUGAUAAAUUGA